GCCCCCAGCGCCCCUCCGCCGCCGGACGCGCCACUCGGCCGGCUGCAGCCGCCUCGCUGGCCCUCCGCCCGCCCAGCCCCGCCCGGACCAUGUCUUCCGAGGUGGCGCGGCACCUGCAAAAAAAAGAAAAUACUCGUUCUUUAGCCAUGUCUGGCCAUGUUGGUUUUGAGAGUCUGCCUGAUCAGCUGGUCAACAGAUCGAUUCAGCAAGGCUUCUGCUUUAAUAUUCUCUGCGUGGGGGAGACUGGAAUUGGAAAAUCAACGCUGAUUGACACAUUAUUUAAUACGAAUUUUGAAGACCAUGAAUCCUCACAUUUUUACCCACAUGUUAGACUUAAAGCACAGACAUACGAACUCCAGGAAAGUAACGUUCGAUUGAAAUUGACCAUCGUGAAUACAGUGGGAUUUGGUGACCAAAUAAACAAAGAAGAGAGCUACCAACCAAUUGUUGACUACAUCGACGCUCAGUUUGAGGCCUAUCUCCAAGAAGAGCUGAAAAUCAAACGCUCCCUCUUUAACUACCACGACUCUCGCAUCCACGUGUGCCUCUACUUCAUCUCCCCGACAGGCCACUCUCUGAAGACACUGGAUCUCUUGACCAUGAAGAGCCUGGACAGCAAGGUGAACAUUAUACCAGUGAUUGCCAAAGCAGAUGCAAUUUCUAAAACUGAAUUACAGAAGUUUAAGAUCAAGCUCAUGAGUGAAUUGGUCAGCAAUGGUGUUCAGAUAUACCAGUUCCCAACAGAUGAUGAAACUAUUGCUAAAAUCAAUGCUUCAAUGAAUGGGCACUUGCCGUUUGCUGUGGUAGGAAGUAUGGAUGAGGUGAAAGUUGGAAAUAAGAUGGUCAAAGCUCGCCAGUACCCUUGGGGCAUCGUACAAGUGGAAAAUGAAAACCACUGCGACUUUGUCAAGCUCCGGGAGAUGCUCAUUUGUACGAACAUGGAGGACCUGCGAGACGAGACACACACGAGGCACUAUGAGCUGUACCGGCGCCGCAAACUGGAGGAGAUGGGUCUCACCGACAUGGGCCCAGAGAACAAGCCGCUCAGUCUUCAGGAGACCUACGAAGCCAAAAGACACGAAUUUUAUGGUGAACGUCAGAGGAAGGAGGAAGAAAUGAAGCAGUUGUUUGUGCAGCGUGUGAAGGAGAAAGAAGCCGUAUUGAAAGAAGCUGAGAGAGAGCUCCAGGCCAAGUUUGAACACCUUAAGAGAGUCCACCAAGAGGAGAAGCUGAGGCUUGAGGAGAAGAGGAGACUUCUGGAAGAAGAAAUAAUCGCUUUCUCUAAGAAGAAAGCUACCUCCGAGAUAUACCAGAACCAGCCCUUUAUGACCCCGGGUGGUAACGUGAGGAAGGACAAGGACCGCAAGAACUCCAGUUUUAUGUAAAACAAAGGUUCCAGAUCACAGAAGAUCAUCACAAGCAAAGUUAUUAAACUGUUAGAAGUAUGCUUUGAUUUUCUUGCUGUUUUUACUUGCUGUAUCACUUAUUCUGUAUCUGGCAAAUGGCCACAGUUAAAGUAUGAGGU